AUGCCAUUUGAUUUCUCAUCUGACUGUGAGUGCCCUAACUGCUUGGAGAGUACUCAGAAUGAACCCGAUUGGAAUCCCUGUUUCAACAAGAGUCGUAACGACUCUUUAUAUUCAAGAUCAAGAAAGAAAUCCAUGCGUUCUUCUGGUGUGCGGUGCUUUCCUUCUCGGUGUUGUUCCACCAGGCCAGAGAGUGACAGCAAAGAAGACUCAGGCUUUCUUCCCUCAGAGGAGGAAAGCUACAUGGAGUCUUCUCAAAACAACUAUGUUGGUCUGAACCCUGAGGGCAUUACAAGGAAAAUCAGACCAUUGAAAGAGUUGACUGUCCAGGAAUUACUGAGGGAGUUUGGGGAUAGUAGGAAGUUCCAGCCAAAUUCCACGUCUGUAGGCCACUUUAGAGAUCAGGUGGUAAUGAAGUUCAGAAGAGCUCUGUAUUAUUCCGGAAUUUGGGUGACACAUGUCCAAGGCUACAGACUUGAAAAGCAUUUGUCAGCUAAUUAUUUCAAGAGAAACCCUGGUUGUUUACAUCGGCUGGUCCCCUGGCUGAAACGGGAACUAACAGCUGUUUAUGGAGAUUAUGGCUAUACAGUGAAGAAUAUCCUAUCCACUAUUCUCCAACACAUGACAGAAUAUGAUCUGGACAGUGAGUCCUUCAUUCACCUCCUGGAACCUUAUCUCCAACAACACACUCACCAUUUUCUGCAUGAGUUUAUCAGUUUUGUUCAUUCACCUUAUAACAUGGAAACCUAUGACCAACGAGCCAUUUAUCAAUGUCCUUCCAUUUCACCAUGGGUAAAAAAGAAGUCCAUAGCAUCAGCUUCUGUUUUGCCUUUGUCUAAGGAUCAGGCUCUACUGGCAUCUCAACAUGAUACAAGUCAGUCUAGAAAUACCCGGGACCAACGGAAUAAUGAGCAGAAACCUCUGUCAGGCUUAAAACCAUUUCCAAAUGGUAACUCUUCCUUGAAGAAAUCUGAAUUCUCACUGCUUCAUCAUAAAACAGCAAGCAAAAUCCAUGCUUGGAUCAAAGACAAACCAGAAUCAGGAGAUCAAAAAGGCACAACUUCUGCUAAUAUAUUCCUGAAUUAUACUACACCAAGGGAAAGGGACCCAAGCUUACGGAAUUGCAAAAAAAAAGUUCAAGAGAGGAAAAUGGAAGGAAUAAAGUUGCUUCCUGGUCAUGUUCAGGAUCUGGGAAAGAGUGAAACAACUGCAUGUACUUUCAGUUCCCCAGCAAUUUUUAAUAAGGGGAAGCCACUUCAAUACAAUUUAAGAGAAGAAAGGAUUUUGAGCCCUGACCAGGAGAUCAACUUCCAGAAAAAAGAAGCAGAAAAAAAUACAUACUCAGAUUCUUCACCAAAGAUUUUUCAAAGAAGAUUGCCCAGAGAAAGAUCCUUGCUAAGCUGCAAAUCCAGAAAGAGAGACUCUUCUUGGAGCUGUAUUUCAGAAAUUGCCCUUUCUUCUAAGAGAAAUAGUAGGAAACUGAGCUCUUUCAGAAAAAAGAGAUUGAAGGGCAAACAGUCCUCCCAAUUUGCAGAAGCUCGUUCACAUUUCAGUAGAAGAAUCCAAAGACCAUCAAGGUUCAGUACUCACAGAUCCAAAUCUUGGUGUGUUGGGCUUACAAAGAGAUCUUUAAGCAGAGAAUCAAGUAAUUCCUCUCUCAGAGGAAGUUACAGAAGUGAAUGCUUCACCCAAAAUAUAUGCUGUGACCACUCAAAAGAAAAUAACGUGCAUAGUUAUGAAUCCAACUGUGGAAGAGCAUCUUCGACCGCAGUCCAAUAUGCGAAACUUCCUUCAACUUCUGGGAAGAGACCCAAGUGUUCUUCUAAAAGUGAGAGUACUUCCCAAGAUGGAAGCCACUGUAAUAGUCUCACAUGCCUACAGAUUGAGAAACACAGAUCCCCAAAUAAACAAGAAAUGAGGCAAAAAACUACAUUUCCAAGAGGCGGCAAAACCAGAGCAGUUAGGCACAGAAAAAACAAAUGCCAGUGUCUAGAUAAAAAGAACUCAGAGGAAAUCAGUGAUGAAGUUGGGGAUCUGAAUGAUAUAAGGCAAAGGAGUAGUCUUUCUGAGUAUGCACCUGCCUGCAGGAGGCAAAUCCAAAAGAAAAAGAAGUCAGGUCAUCAGAAAUGUCACUGGGCCAAGAAUGAACAUAAAGGAAACAAAGUAUCAGAAACACAAGGAUGCAAAUUGUCUUGA